AUGCAUUGGGCCUCACCUCACAAAACCAUCACAGGGCGCAACAAUUUCAGCAUGUCGAAGCAAUCAUCCCAGAGCGCCUGGCAGCCUACGGGCACUCUUGAUGCCGACGCCCCUCCUCCAUACACGGAACACGAGCAACCGUGUGCGACGACAGCUGGCAACCCGCUCUACGUAGAUCCUCCAAAACCAUACCUCGACAAAGCCAGCCUCCAUAUCGCAGAUCAUCUGGAGGAUGCCAUUGCCAAAUUCAACGAGAGCAUUCAAGUUGAGCCGCAAGGGUCCAAGAUUGAAGCUGUAUUCCUUCCCAAAGCUGCGUUUGGUGAUGGCUGGGUUCUGCCUCGCGCGACUCUGGUAGACACGCUCAAGCCUGGCGCGCAGGCCUCUGCCAUGGGACAUCAACGCAGGCUGUUUCACGUCAGGACAUUUCUCGAUGAGAAUGACACGGAUCUGGGGCCUCAUGGGGAGGUGCAAGGCCAAGGGAACGGCUCAUGCAGCUCAUCCGCGACGGAAUUUGACGGCUGGGGUCGCUGGGACGCGGCGCGCAACAAGAGCUCCAGCAAUGAGCUCUGGUUCACCAGCCGCGAGCUGGCGACGGCGUUGGUCGAGUAUCUCCGUCAUGGCUCCAUGGGCUCACGCUACCUCGACGUCGACCCGCGCACCCGUGGGCUUGAUGUGGAGGACGUCACACUGCGUCGGCAGACGCCCAUGGGGCUCUACGAGAGCAAGGCUGGCUUUGCGAUUGUCAUUGAGGGGAGGCGACUGUAA